AUGGAAUCUAUAUCCUCAAAGGAGCCUCCGGUCUCCCUUUCUGAGCCGCACGACAGUGACGACUAUCAUUCCAAGGAAGAAGCCGUGGCUACACUCGCAGAUCCAGAACAGCCUCACGAGUCCCAGUCUCUCUUCUCUGCCCUCUUCGCCAGGAAACCUAAAGUCGAUCCAAAUGCCAUAGCGACUGUGCGGAGUGUCUUCGACGACCCUGUGCUUGGAAAGUUUUAUCUGCCCAAGCCUGACUACGAGAAUAUCCACAGAUUUGAUAUCAAAGAGCGAUGGACUCAUCGCGAGGAGACGGCAGUGCGCCGCAAAACCGACUGGAAGAUUUUCAUCUGGAUUCUGGUCAUGUUUUUCGGACUGAAUCUCGAUCGUGGCAAUCUGGGCAACGCUGCCGCUGACAAUCUCUUGGACGAUUUGAAGAUCACUACCAACGACUACAAUAACGCCCAGAACAUGUAUCGUGUUGGGUUCCUUAUUGCUGAGAUCCCGUCUCAAAUGCUCGGCAAGAGGUUAGGUCCUGAUCGCUGGAUUCCUUUCCAGAUCAUCUUGUGGUCUCUGGCUUCAGGCGGUCAAUUCUUCAUGCAUAAUCGAGCCGGCUUCUUUGCUUGUCGGUUUUUCAUCGGUCUUUUCAUGGGUGGUUUUAUCCCUGAUUCCAUUCUCUACUUGUCAUAUUUCUACACCAAAUCGGAGAUGCCGUUCCGCCUGGCCAUGUUUUGGUUCGUGGAUUCAAUGUCCGGGGUGGUUGCAUCCUUCAUCUCCUAUGGAGUCCUGCACAUGCGUGGAGUUGAUGGCCGCGAGGGUUGGCGAUGGCUGUUCCUCCUCGAGGCUCUCAUCACUAUCGUAAUCGGGUUCUUGAGUUUCCUCUUCUUGGUCCCAGGUCCGACACAGACAAAAACUUGGUGGAAUCCCCAAGGGUACUUUACCGAGCGGGAAGAGAAGAUUAUCGUCAACCGUGUUCUACGAGAUGAUCCCUCCAAAGGAGAUAUGCAUAACCGUGAAGCACUUUCUCUUGGUAUGCUGUGGAAGAGUUUGAAGGAUUACGACCUGUGGCCAAUCUAUCUCAUCGGAAUGCUGUUCGAAAUCCCGACGUCUUCGCCGAAAUCGUACCUCACGCUGUCGCUAAAGGCCAUCAAAUUCACUACUUUCCAAACAACAUUGUUGACAAUCCCCGUCACCGUCUUCGGGGCUAUCAACCUUGUCCUGGUGACCGAACUGACAGAGCGCUUUCACCAAAUCUCCAUCAUUGGCCUGAUUACCCAGCUCUGGAGUCUUCCACUUCUCAUCGUUCUCUACACAUCGGCCGGAUCAUUGUCGAAUUGGGGUCUCUACGCCGUGACCUUCGUCCUGCUGGGCUGGCCAAACCCACACGCCGCACAUGUCGGAUGGUGCUCCCGUCUCAGUAAUACUGUGCGAACGAGAACCGUCUCAGCAGCGCUUUACAAUAUCACAAUCCAGCUCUCCGGAAUCGCGGGCUCGAAUAUCUACCGUGCAGACGACAAGCCGCUAUACCGUCGAGGAAACUCCCAGCUCAUCGCUAUCAAUGUCGCUACUAUCUUUGCAUAUGUACUGGCAAAGGCAUACUAUGUGAUCAGAAACCGAUGGAAGAAGGAGAAGUGGGAGAAGAUGACGGCCGAGGAGAAGGCAACAUAUCUGGAAACUACUACUGAUCAAGGAAAUAAGCGGUUGGACUUCCAAUUCGAUAGUUGA